GAGGGUUACAGUAUAGAGGCUAGAAGGUUUAAUUACAGAAUAACAAGCUCGUCGAUGAUACAGUGAACUAAAAAUAUUGUCAGCUGUCUUUUAGCGCACCCUUGCUUGAACACUUCACACUCAGACAACGAGUGCCAGUUUUUGAACAACUCCGCUGCUUUCACUUGCUUCUCUUCGGAAUUGAGCGUGUGCGAGUCGCGAGAAAAGUGCGCGAAGUUUCAUUCAGUGGCUUCGCAUCUUUCGUGUGAACUACUUGCGCUAACAAGUUGGUAAAGACUAUCGCUGAACAACCAAGUUACCUUGGAGGCCGUUAAAGGCAGUACUGACGCAACGCAACAAAGCACACAAUGCUCCCCUGAACAAGGAAGUUGGUUCUGUCGGAUACUUCGUGGGAUUCAGAGGUAGUGUUUUAUAAAUUAACCACGGUCGCCCGACAAUAAUGAAGCGAGUUCGAACCAAGCUGCGUCUACUGCCCGAUUCCGCCUCAAGCGGAAGCUGUGACAGCAACGGCCUGCAUGUCAGGAUCAGCCGAAACGUCGCCGACGAGCUGUCGCUUGGCGACGGCACCACCGGCGGUACUCUGGCGCUAGUCGCUCCCGAAAACGUCUCGCUCACGUACCCGGGCCUUUUCGUCAACUACGAGGUCGUGGACGAUCGCGAAGUGCCGAGUUUGUCGUAUUCCGGGACUACUGUCGCGCUCUUCGUCACUCGGGACUUCUUGAAGCGACGUCGAGGAUGGGAAGAUGGGCAAGCCGUGGACGUUCUGUGCGGAGUGCGGUGUCCGCGCCUGACCAAGGUGUCGUUGCUGGCGAGGAGCCCCGACGCGUACGCCAAGCUUAACAGCGCAGACCUGUGGGAGGUCCUGGGUGGAGGUGCCGGGAGCGACGGCGUACUGUGUCGCAUGGACGACAGCCUUGCCGCCUUCGGUGGGGACACCGUGCUCGUGGUCGACUGCGAGCCGACGCGUCAGGGACUCAUCGUUGCCGAGACGCAGGUGGUGGUGAUAAGGCCGCCGCUGGAAUACACGCCUGCUGGUGACGGUGCUCCAUGUGACGAUGUUGUGAAGCUGGCGGGCACCAUUUGUACACCAGCCGCAUUCUGCAGUCAACACACCGAGCCAAGCAGGACAGAAAAAGCCGAAUGCAGGAACCGAAACUAG